AGAGAGAGAGAGAGAGAGAGAGAGAGAGAGAGAGUCAAACUGCUGCGAUUUUGAGUCAGUCGAUGAUCGUCGCAUGUUUCUUUGUGUUGCCAGUCAGUGGAACAGAAAGCAGCGUGACGCACAAUCAAUAUCAUAAUCGUGAUGACCGUGGUCGCUCGUGCAGUCCUCCGGUCAUUGAGAACUCCCGUGAUUUCCGCAUUUGUUUUCGUCCUCGCUGGCAGUGAGCGGACAGAUGUUUGCGGACAGGGAGGUGCGACACUCGCGAGUUCAGAGGAAAGAACAUCCGCACGCGUGUUAUCACGAGUUCAUUUAGUCGUGUCAGUUUGGAUUAAAAGAAGAGAGGGAGAAGGAAAUCAACACGUCGAGUCGCUCCCGGUUCCUCGGGGGUUUCCGUCGUCUUGGGUCAACAGGAAGUCUGCGUGACUGGCGCGGGGCUGAACGUGGCCCCGGCCCCGACACCUCACGGGCUCUGCGUGAUCAAUGAAAAACAAUCAACACAAAUUGGAAGUUAAUAAUAAUGAUAAUAACUCACGACAAACUCCAUGUUCAGCUUUAUCCGCCGUUGUGAUCCCUGUGGAGACUCUACACUUCAUGGACAAAACUCUUCAACAUGGCCUACCAGGCUGCGAUCCAAGAGGAGCCCAGUGUCUUAGUACACAACAUCAGCUCCAACAUCCAGAAGAUCACAGUGCUGACCUCCGAGCUGCAGAGGGCGGUGUCUCUGGAAACAGAGCAGGACAGCAGCCAGCUACGACACACGCUGCAACAGAAGCAGCAGCAAGGCAACCAGCUCGCCAAAGAGACUGACCGACUGAUCAAGGCAUUCGCUGCACUUCCUAUUGGCCCUGAUCAGCGGCAGAGAAAGAUACAGAAAGAACGCCUGCUGAAUGAUUUCUCCGCCGCCCUAAAUAGCUUCCAAAAGACCCAGCGGCAGGCAGCUGACAAAGAGCGAGAGUUUGUGGCCAGAGUCAGAGCCAGCUCCAGGGUGUCGGGAGGCCAACCGGAGGACAGCUUUGGAUAUGUGACUCCAUUCUCAAAUGACGCCCAGUUGCAGGCUCAGGCCGAGGCCAUCACUGAAGAUGACCUGAGGCUGAUUCAAGAGAGAGAGUCGUCCAUCAGGCAGUUGGAGGCUGACAUCACAGAUAUCAAUGACAUCUUCAAGGACCUGGGGUUGAUGGUGCAUGAGCAGGGAGACAUGAUAGACAGCAUAGAAGCCAAUGUGGAGAGUGCAGAUGUGAAUGUCCAGAGUGCCACCCAGCAGCUAGCACAGGCUGCAGAAUACCAGAGGAGCUCAAGGAAGAAGAUAUGCAUCCUGGUAAUAGUGUUGGCUGUAGUUGCGGUUAUAGUGGGACUUAUCAUCUGGGGAGCCGUCAAAAAAUGAGGCCUGGUACUUCUCUUCACUCGUCAGCCUGGACAAAGGACGAAGAAUCGUCCUUCCUCUCCUGUGCCCCCCACCCCCCCCACCCUAAUUUUUUUAAGCUGCCUAUCUUUCUGUGGACUGCACACGCCCUUGCUUUGGAACAAAACUAGCGCCGGUAGCUUUGUUGUUAUAAUCAGCUGUAAAUUAUUUAUUUGUCCGAUUUACUUUGACAGGAGAGAUUUUCAUCCGCACAUUUGUCCCACAAAACCGGGUAUUCAGCGGCAAUCGUUGCUGCAGAGUACCUGUUCCUACUGCCCUGACCAUGUCCAGAGCAUUUCCAUUGAGCUGAAUGUUAAAUAAUGUACAGUGUAGACAAAGCUUAUGGGUGCAAUGAAGCAGCGUGUGUCUGGGGGCAAGGUAAGAGGCGAUUAACCUUAAGAUCUAUCGUCCGUUCAAAAUGUCAGAUUUCUGCAACGCUCUCUUUUAUGAGAACCACAUACUAAAUGUUUCUCUGCAGUUAAACAACAAGAAUCAAGUGCACUUUGUAAAUGUAUUGUGACAAAAACAAAUAUAGCCAAACUACAUUUAGCUCAUUCUAACGCAGUGUUCUUGGAGACAGUACAGCCUUUUUUUAAAUCUAUAUCUCCUUUACUUUAGGGUCAUCAUUAAUUCAAAUAAUAGUAUGUUUAUGUUCAAAUUCAUGUUGUUCGCCUAAUGCUAAAUGGAAAAAGUACAGUAAAUAUUCACCUUAAAUCUUGUGGUUGUGACUUUAAAUUAUAGUCCACUAUCAGCCAAUCAUCUUUAUCAAUAGGUGGUGUCCCCUCAGCUCGACAAACAGUUUUUAACUGUGUAGCUCAGAGAGACUGAGCGUAUAUCGAGGACAAUCCUUUAUUUUUUUAUUUUUUUAUUAAAUUACCUGUCACACAAUUGAUAACAUACAAACUAAGAAUGACUGUGCAACCUGUACAGCAGACAUUGUAGGCGAUGGUCAAAUAAUAGCUGCAGUUGUGGUUUCUGAUUCAACCAACUUAGGUUUGUUUUAUUCAAAACCCCUGGAGCACCAUGCAGGUCAUUUGGCCGUAGAUAUGGCAAUCAGUCGUGUUUCUGAGUACAAGUCUAAUCAGCCACUACAACAUAGAAAAACACCUUUGUGUGCUUUUUCACAGAAAACGAUUAUGUCAGUUUUCACUAUUGUUCUCUGACAGAUAAAAUGUGAAUUGACUGUAUGAAGAAACCAAAACCAACGAGUACAGGAAGUGAAAUCAAACUGUUCAAUCAAAGCUAAAUCAACAGUCUUACCCAGAUGUAAAAUAAUGACUACAUGUGAUUUAAAUUUUGAGAUAUACCAUGUAAAUGACCUGAAUGUACUGAACCUGAGAUAAGGUUUUCAGGUUUCAGGGUAAGAAGGGUUCUUUUUACCAAAUUGUGAUUUUUACAUGAUUAUUUUAUUAUUCUUUUAUUCUUCAAUAAAAAAAAUUUCACUAAUAUAA